AUGGAUGCCUACUUUUCUGAUCGCAACCGUCGUGCCGACAAUCUUCGAAACAAGAUAAUGCAACUCUGGGACUGGUAUGUGGACAACGACGUUCUCACGGAAUUCAUUAUCGAGCCCACAAUGCUGUGGUAUUCGUACGAGGUGUUGCCAUGGGUCCCGACAACGGCUGAUUGGUGUUCAGAAGUCGCUGCAUUGGAUGAGCGUGAGCCAUGGCGCAACUGUUGGAUUGACGUUCCCAGCGAGCAUCCAUUCAACACUGCUUACGUGCCGUGCAACGUCAACGCUGAGCUGUUCGUACCCUGCGAUCUGACCGAAGCGGAGGUCGGCCGAGCAGUCGUCGUGGACGAAGAACUAGCAGCUACGGAUAUUUCCCCAUCGUGGUACCAAUUGGUAUCAAUCUGGUCUUCAGACAGCGACAGCACAGAAGUGUCUUCAGUAGCAGAGGACGAAGAUCAAGCCAUUGACGAAAUCCAGCCGUCGCAAGGUCUUAACGCACUCGCCUCAGCUGCUGCUUCGGCGACGCCGUAA